AUGAGAGUCUCAAAAAUACUUUUUUUUCUUAGCUUUUUUUUGGUUUUCAAUUUAUUAAAAAUAUGCUUAUAUGCAAACCAGAUUUCAUCGAAAAAUUACAGUUAUUUAAAUAAAAAUAAUUAUGAAAUAAAAAAAAAAAAAAAAAAGAAAAUAUUAUCUAUCUGCUUAGGUAUAAGUCUAGCAGCUGCUGCUGCAGCAAUAGGAAUAGGAUUUUACAUGUACAAAAAGGGGUCAAACAGAAGAGGACGUAUGUUAGAUUUUCCUGAUCAUGAUGAAGAAAUAAAACAUGAAAAUGACAAAAAAAAAGAUUUGGAAUAUGAAAAUUUUAAGGAGAUAGUAAUAAAUAAAAUUAAGAAUGAGUUUGACAAUUUAAAUGACAAUGAAAAAAUAAAUAUAAUUAACAAUGACGAUUAUAUAAGAAAUAUUAUUGGAAAGUUAUCACUGGAUAAAAAUGUUUCAUUAGAAAAAGACGUACAAAAACGCCUAAUUAAUGAUGUUAAUUUAUCUCUAAAGAAUAAAUUUCUUAGUUUUUUGAAUAAUAACCGCAAUGUUAAUGUAUUAUUGAAUAUUGAGAAAGCAGCACAUGAAGAAUUAUUAAAACGAUUUCAUAAGUCAGAUGAUAAACAAAAACAUUUAAUGAUUUAUAAUAAUAAAAUAGUAGUUAAUGCUGUUAAAAGUGCUGCAACAGAUAGAGGAUUAAUACUUUCAGUAGAUGAAUUGAAUCCUAUCACCAAUAAUGUGUUUACUAGAUUAGAACCUACAUUUGAUAUAUUUUUACGAAAUCGUAGCAAAAAAAAGUGA